AUGGCACCUACUGAAAGGAAGUCUAAAUAUAACGUUGUUUUUGUGCUGGGACCUCCAGGAUGCGGUAAAGGAACACAGUGCGCUAAAAUCCAAAAGAAUCUUGGCUUCGUACAUUUAAGUGCUGGUGAUCUUUUGCGAGCGGAACGGGCACGUAAGGGAUCACAGUACGGGGAGCUGAUUGAAGGUCACAUUCGGAAUGGUACCAUAGUACCCGUAGAGAUUACAUGUAGCCUUCUGGAAAAUGCCAUGAUUGCUGCUCCAGAAGCGAAAGGUUUUUUGGUUGAUGGCUUUCCCAGAAAUCAGGACAAUCUUGACGGGUGGCAACGUCAAAUGGGCGAAAAAACGAAUGUACCCUUCUUGCUGUACAUAUCGUGCCCAGAAGAUGUAUGUAUAAAACGAUGCCUAAGCCGGGGACAGGGAAGGUCCGAUGAUAACGAGGAAUCCCUACGUAAACGGAUCAAAACAUACCACGAUCAGACAUUCCCUAUAAUCCAACACUACACUGAUUUGGCGCUGGUUAAAGAAGUUGAAGGGCUCAAAUCACCAGAAGAGGUACGUGAGGUUCUGAGUAAACUAUCAAAAGACUACAGCUAA